AUGGAAGCAGACAAUGACACAGGAAUUUCAGAGUUUCCUCUUCUGGGAUUAUCAGAGGAACUAGAAUUACAGCCCAUCAUAUUUGGGCUUUUCCUCUGCAUGUACCUAAUCACUGUGCUUGGGAACCUGCUCAUCAUCCUGGCCGUCAGCUCAGACUCCCAUCUCCACACCCCCAUGUACUUCUUCCUCGCCAACCUGUCCUUUGUAGACAUCUGCUUCACCUCCACCACCAUCCCCAAGAUGCUCCCUCGGCUCUGUGGACUGCUGGUUCUGGUGUCCUGGGUCAUCAGUGUUCUCAAUUCCUUGUUACAGAGUUUAAUGGUGUUGCGGCUGUCCUUCUGUACAGAGGUGGAAAUCCCCUAUUUUUUCUGUGAACUCAAUCAAGUAGUUGGCCAGGCCUGUUCUGACACCUUCCUUAAUAACAUGGUGAUGAAUUUCGGAAUUGUGCUGCUGGCUGGCGGUCUGCUCACUGGGAUCUUUUACUCUUAUUCUAAGAUAGUUUCCUCCAUACUUGGGAUCUCAUCAGCUCAGGGCAAGUUUAAAGCAUUUUCCACCUGUGCAUCUCACCUCUCCGUUGUCUCCUUAUUUUACUGUACGGUCCUGGGAGUGUACCUUAGCUCUGCUGCUCCCCAGAGCUCCCACUCAAGUGCAGUGGCCUCGGUGAUGUACACGGUGGUGACGCCCAUGCUGAACCCCUUCAUCUACAGCCUGAGGAACAGAGACAUAAAGAGGGCUCUGAAAAGAAUCACUGGGGUUCUAGUGAUGUAA